ACAAUAUAUUUUCAAUCAAUUAAUGUGUUUAUUAUGAUAUAAAUCACACAUUUAUUUGCUUUUAUUUAUGAUUUUUUAAAAUACUUUUAGUCUUUAUUUUCUGUAUUUGUUUUUAAUUAAGUUUUAUUUGUUUAAUGUAUUUUAAUUGUGAUUGUUUUGCAUCAGUCGGUAAUCAAUUGAAAUGUUAAAUGAAGUGUUGAUUGUGUGGAGACUCGAGUCUUAAGCCAACCGUAAAAACAAAAUCAUAAAAUUGUGUCAACAAAGACAACAACACAUCGUUUUUACCAUCAAUUGAUUGCAUAUCUGGAGAUCAUAUGAUGGAACUGGAAAACAAUGUCAAAGUUGCGAUCAGGAUUCGACCGCAACUUCCCAAAGAAGUGAUAGACAUGUGUAAGACAUGCACUCGUGUAACACCUAAUGAGCCUCAGGUAUGGCUCGGAGCAGACAAAGCAUUUACUUACGAUCACGUCUUUGACAUCAAUUCACAACAACAGAUAGUUUAUGAAGAAUGUGUCAAAAAACUGAUUAACGGUUGUUUUGAGGGUUAUAACGCCACUGUCUUGGCAUAUGGACAGACCGGUUCGGGUAAAACCUAUACAAUGGGUACCGGUUUUGAUAUCGGGUCGGCAACCUAUGAAAAGGGAAUCAUUCCUCGAGCUAUUGAGCAUUUGUUUCUCGGUAUCGCUGAUCUACAACAAGAGGCCAGAGAUCGACGAGAACCCAUACCAGAGUUCAAAGUUAACGCACAGUUUCUUGAACUCUAUAAUGAAGAUAUCAUAGAUCUCUUGGCAGAUGAGCGGUCAAAACAUUCACACAUAAAAAUCCAUGAAGACUCCAAUGGAGGCAUUUAUAUAAAUGGAGUCAACACUAAACCGGUGCAAACUAUUGAUGAAACCCUUCAAUGUCUUAAAAUGGGAGCACUUUCUCGGACAACGGCGUCAACGCAAAUGAAUGCUCAGUCAUCUCGUUCUCACGCAAUCUUCACUUUACAUAUCAAACAACAUAGAGUGACACCAAUUGAUCAGUUAUUAGGCGAUGAGAUUAAUGAACAAAUGAAUACUGAUUUGGGUCCUCAAGAGUUUGAAACAUUGACCGCCAAAUUUCAUUUUGUUGAUUUGGCCGGAUCUGAACGACUCAAAAGGACGGGUGCUACUGGAGAGAGAGCCCGAGAGGGCAUUUCCAUCAAUUCUGGUCUUUUAGCAUUGGGUAAUGUUAUCUCAGCACUGGGAGAUAAAGCAAAAAAAGCCACUCACGUUCCAUACAGAGACUCCAAAUUAACGAGACUUCUUCAAGACUCGUUGGGUGGAAAUAGUAUGACAUUAAUGAUUGCUUGUGUCAGCCCUAGUGAUAGAGAUUUUAUGGAAACUUUGAAUACAUUGCGUUAUGCAAAUAGAGCCAAAAAUAUUAAAAAUAAAGUGACAGCAAAUCAGGAUAAGUCGAGUCAAACUAUAACAGCUCUUCGCCGAGAAAUACAAGAGUUGCAGAUCGAGCUUCAGGAGUAUAAACAGGGAAAACGUCUCAUCGAUAACGACGGCACUGAAAAAAUCAAUGAUAUGUAUCACGAAAACAAUAUGUUAAUGAAUGAGUUGCAGAAUCUCAAAGUGAGAGUAAAAGCUCUUCAAGAAACUAAUGAACGGUUAAUCACACGAAAUGCAGAAGUAUUAGCCGAUAAAGAAGUGGAAAAAUGGAUUAAUAAUGUCGACGGAAAGGGAGAUAAGUCUAAUAUCUCAUCAUUAGUUAAUGAGUAUAUGAAAGAGAUUGAAGAUUUAAGAACAAAACUAAUUGAAAUGGAAGAGACCUGUUCUUUGUUAAGAAAACAAACUCAACGUAAUGGUCAGCGUAUGUCUAUGAGUCCGUUUCAUUGCGUUGGAGCAGUUGCUAUGACUGGCAAUUAUGACAUCGGUAUGAAUGAUGAAAAGACAGCCAAUGACGUGAUUAAUGAAGCCAAGAGAGAUGUGGAGAAAAUUAAGAAAUUAUCAAAAUUGCGAAAGAGAUCCAUAUUGAAGGAUAGUAUUCCUGAUACUAAUGGCAACGAUAUUGAAUUAAAUGGUUUAAAUGAUGAUAAUGAAGACGAAGAAUUGAGUGAUGAAGAAUUAGAUGAUAACGACAGCAGUGAAGAAUCGGAUGAUGAAAGCCAAAAGGCUCAACAAGAGAUCGAUGAAACAGAGAAAGCUUUAAUGGCUUUGACAUCAGAAAUAGAUCUCAAAGAGAAACUUAUUAUUGAAUUAGAAAAAAGUCAAAAAAAGAUGUCAUCAAUGCGUCAACACUAUGAAGACAAACUGCUUCAACUUCAAAACAGGAUCACUGAAACAGAGUCUGAAAGAGAUAAUGUUUUGGCAAAAUUGAAUACAUUGGGCAAUAAGGGCGACGAUAAAGCCAAGAAAGUUAGGGAAGAAUAUCAAAAGAAAUUGAAUAAUUUGCAAACAGAAAUGAAAAAACUACAGACAGCCAAACGCGAACAUUCACAAGCAUUACGUAACCAUAAUGUCAAUGAGGCUCAGAUGAGACAACUAAGAAAUGAAGUGAUGGAAAUGAAAAAACAAAAAGUUAAGAUUAUUGCAAAAAUGAAAGAAGAAACACAAAAACAUAGAGAAGCAGAGAUCAGACAAAAUAAGAAGAUUUCGCAACUUUCUAAACAAGACCGACAAAAGGCUAUUAAAAUCAAGACUCUUGAAGUUGAAAGCAAUCGAAUGAAGAAUCUAUUAAAACGAAAGGAUGAGGAAUGUAUUGCUUUAAAGAGAAGAGUAAAUCCAAUGAGUGAUAGAGUGGCCGGUCGUAUAGCAAAUAGUAGAAGAGGUCGAAAUCUGCCGUAUUCUCCAGUGGCGGCAAAGAUGAAGUGGCAAAGAUUGGAGUCUGAAAUUAAUAAAAUUUCUUUAAGUAAAUCAAGUGUUUCCGUCCACGAAAAAGCUAUGGAAAGAUAUAUUAAUCAGAGACAGCAAUUGAGUCGUUCAUUGGAUAAAGCAAACAGAAAAUAUGAGUCAGCCCUAAGAACAGGUAAACACGAAAAUGAAAUUCGCGUUCUUCAAGAAGAAAUAGAAACCAUUGAAGCAAAUCUUAAAUAUAUUAAUGAAAAUAUUGAUGACAUGCAGUCAACUAUAGUUCAGAUUGAAGACGCAGAGGGAGACUUAGGAGAUAUUCAACAAUAUAUUCAAUAUCUAAAUAUCGAUGAAAUGAAAUAUAUGUUUAAUAAGGUAUUUGCGAUGGCUAUCAAUCAAUCUAUGUUAGCGACUCAAAAGGAAGAAGAGAAAAAAGAGUUAGAAAUGAAGUAUAAACAGAUAGCCGAUAGCAGUCUUAUUCAGGAACAACUUCUUCACCAUGUUUUGGAUAAUACUUUCAUAGAUAAUGCAAACAAUCAAGUGGUCGAAGAUAAUAAUAAAUUAGAUGAAGAUAUAGACAAUCAAAUGCCAAUUCCAUAUGAAUUUGAACAUCACUUUAAGAUUCCGUCGAGUCCUCAACCGGUCAGAACAAGUACGCCAUCGAAGGAGAAGUUUCGUCGCAUCACUCGUACACCCAUAGAAUUAUUGGGAGAUCCGUGUAAUACAACUGUUUUGGAUCAUAAAAAUAAUUGUAAUAAUGAUGUCAUGACUCAGAGCUUAAUUGCGCCAAAUAUUAUAACAGAGGAGACAGAACUGCCCCGUAUUCCCAGUGCUCCCUCUCUAAAGGAUUGCCUAUUCUAUCCCCCAAAACUUGAAAUAUUUUAUACUCCAACUUUCAAACGUAAAACAUAUGAACGUUUACCGAUACUUAAUGACCCGACUCGGAGGUUAAGAACCACAACGUUGUCCUCCUCAGGAAAUUCUCUCUCUUCUCAACCGCUCACUUAUGUCUGCAGACAGCUGUCCACGGAAUUGAGUAACGAAUCGACAACACCUCCCGCAUCCCCUUCAGUCCAGAGAAGAAAUCGUGACGCCAUUGAAAAUGUCUUUUCCAGACUAACUAAUGGUACCAUAACUAACAAUCAAAUCAAUAUCGAUAGAGCUGGAAAUAUAGUACCCUUUACGGGUAGAAGUGAUAAAAGUGCACCACUUAUAUGCACACAUACUGCCGAAGGACAUACGAGACCAGUGCUUAGUGUUGUCGCUACAAAUGAUGUCCUCUUUAGUGGCUCUAAAGACUGUUCCUUAAAAGUAUGGGAUCUACAGACAGGUCAGGAAAUCCUAUCGAUCAACGAUCACCCGGACUCAGUCCAAGUGGUUCGCUAUAAUGAAUAUAAUAGACUUGCAUUUUCUGCUUCAAAGUCGUUCAUUAAAGUAUGGGAUCCUAGAGAUAGUCCGGCGCGUUGUAUCAAAACACUAAAUUCCUCAGGUCUUGUUAGUCAAAAUGUUUCGGCUAAUCUCAACGCAACCAAACUUGAAUUAGCACCGGGAGAAGCACCUAUCCUUGACGUUCAAUUAAGUACUUAUGGAACGACAUUAUUUAGUACCUGUUCCCGAAUAGUCAGGGUUUGGGAUCUCAGAAUGUUUCAUUGUAUUGGAAAAUUAAAUACUGGACAUAAAGCAGACAUUAUGUGUAUGGCUGUUGAAGAGGCAGGUGUUGACAACAAUUUAGUGAUAACGGGAUCUAAAGAUCAUUAUAUAAAAGUUUUUGAAAUGCAAGAAGGCGUCGGAGGCAUACAUAACCCUAAGAUGAGUCUAAAGCCACCACAUUAUGAUGGCAUUGAAGCACUCAAAAUAUGCGGUGAUUUCUUAUUCUCGGGAAGUCGUGACGCGUGUAUCAAAAAAUGGGAUCUUCAAAGUCAACGAUUAGUCCACUCUCUUAAUAAUUGUCAUAAAGAUUGGGUGCUAUCGUUGAAUACAAUGCCUAAUAGCAAUAUAUUGCUCAGCGGAUGCAGAAGUGGUCAGCUAAAGAUCUGGUCAACAGAGAACUGCCAUAAUAUUAGUGAAUUGAAGGCACACUCCAAUGCUAUCAAUUCGAUUGACACCAAUUCAAGUCUUGUGUUCACCGCUUCAUCCGAUAAUACAAUAAAUUUAUGGCGUUGGAGGUCUAACUAUGACCCCUCACCUGAAUAUAUCGAUUGCCUCAAUGAGUGAUAAUUAAAAUAUCAAAAUAUAUUUAUAUUAUUUGUUUU